AUGCCAGCUAAUCGUGAAGUAAUCUCAAUCCACGUCGGACAAGCCGGAACUCAAAUCGGAAAUGCCUGCUGGGAGUUGUAUUGCCUUGAGCACGGAAUUCAGCCCGAUGGCCGAAUGCCGUCUGACAAGCAAGGUCAAUCCGAUGACUCGUUCUCGACUUUCUUCUCCGAGACUGGAGCUGGACGCCAUGUCCCAAGAGCUAUCAUGGUUGAUCUUGAGCCAACUGUGAUCGAUGAGGAAGACGCCGCCAAUAAUUAUGCCCGAGGACAUUACACUAUUGGAAAAGAAAUCAUCGAUUUGGUGCUCGAUCGAGUCCGUCGUUUGGCUGACAACUGCUCGGGACUUCAAGGCUUCUUGAUCUUCCACUCAUUUGGAGGAGGAACCGGUUCCGGCUUCACUUCUCUUUUGAUGGAACGUCUUUCCGUCGAUUAUGGAAAGAAAUCGAAGCUCGAGUUCUCCAUUUAUCCGGCUCCACAAGUCUCGACGGCCGUCGUCGAGCCGUACAACUCGAUUCUCACCACGCACACCACUUUGGAGCACUCCGAUUGCGCUUUCAUGGUUGACAAUGAGGCCAUCUAUGAUAUCUGCCGUCGCAACUUGGAUGUCGAUCGCCCAAGCUACACCAACUUGAAUCGGAUUAUCUCGCAGGUUGUCUCCUCAAUCACCGCUUCUCUUCGUUUUGAUGGAGCGCUGAACGUUGACUUGACCGAGUUCCAGACCAACUUGGUCCCAUACCCACGAAUCCAUUUCCCGUUGGCCACCUAUUCGCCCGUGAUCUCGGCUGAGAAGGCCUAUCACGAGUCUCUCUCAGUUGCUGACAUCACCAACAUGUGCUUCGAGCCGAACAAUCAGAUGGUGAAAUGCGAUCCACGACACGGAAAAUAUAUGGCUGUCUGCUUGCUUUAUCGUGGUGAUGUUGUGCCAAAGGAUGUGAACGCUGCAAUCGCCUCGAUCAAGACCAAGCGCACGAUUCAAUUCGUUGACUGGUGCCCAACUGGAUUCAAGGUCGGAAUCAACUACCAACCACCAACCGUUGUGCCUGGAGGAGAUUUGGCCAAAGUGCCCCGUGCUGUUUGCAUGCUUUCAAAUACAACGGCCAUUGCUGAAGCUUGGGCUCGUCUCGAUCACAAAUUCGACCUAAUGUAUGCCAAGAGAGCAUUCGUUCACUGGUACGUCGGUGAGGGUAUGGAGGAGGGAGAGUUCUCGGAGGCUCGUGAGGACUUGGCUGCUCUUGAGAAGGACUACGAAGAGGUGGCCGUCGAUUCGCUCGAGGGUGAGGCUGAAGGAGGCGAAGAGUAC